UACAUAGAUAGAUACGAGAUUACGAGGUAGCCCUAAAAUUCAAUUCAAAUUUAUCCUAACUGGAUUUGAUUUUUGGUGAAUGUUUGAAGCGGGGUUUUGCCAAAAAGCGUGUGAAGAAAGGUUUUGCUUUACGGGAUUCAAGAGACCAGCCCCAAGACUCUGUUUAUCAAUUUUGGAGCUCAAUCACAUCAUGAAUGCCCUAGUUAUUGAUCCACUGCAGGGAGAUUUUCCAGAAGUGAUAGAGGAGUAUUUGGAAUAUGGGGUUAUGAAAUGUAUCGCUUUUAAUCGUCGGGGAACUCUUCUUGCUGCUGGAUGCUCUGAUGGGAGCUGUGUUAUCUGGGAUUUUAUGACGAGAGGUGUUGCAACAGUCUUGAAAGACAAUGACUGUGUUGCUGCCAUAACAAGUGUAUGUUGGUCAAAACGCGGUCAUCACAUACUUGUAGCUGCUGCUGAUAAGACCUUAACACUUUGGGAUGUUGUGAAAAGGGAAAAGGUUGUACAAGUAACCCUGCAGCAGUCGGCAUUACAGGCUCGUCUACAUCCUGGUACUUCCACUCCAUCGAUCUGUCUCGCUUGUCCUCUGUCAUCUGCUCCAAUGAUUGUUGAUUUGGAUACUGGAAAAGAGACAACGCUUCCAAUGUCAUUGCCUGAAACAAACGGCACGACAGCACCUCCUUCACGGAACAAGUUUUCUGAUGGAUCGGCACCUUUUUCACCUACAGCAGCAUGCUUUAACAAGUACGGGGAUCUGGUGUAUGUUGGAAACUCUAAAGGAGAAAUACUUGUCAUAGAUUACAAAAACAAUCAAGUGCGUGGGGCUGUUCCUAUUUCUGGUGGUUCUGUGAUAAAAAAUAUAGUCUUCAACAGAAGCGGGAAAUUUCUUCUCACAAACUCCAAUGACCGCACAAUUAGAAUCUAUGAGAAUCUUUUGCCAUUGAAAGAUGGAGUUAAAGCUCUUGAUGAGAUAAUUGAGACAUUGAAGGACCUUACUGAGGUUGAAAAAUUAAAGGCUAUUGGCUCAAAGUGCUUGACGCUGUUCCGGGAGUUUCAAGAUUCCAUUACGAGAGUGCACUGGAAGGCACCUUGUUUUAGCGGUGACGGCGAAUGGGUUGUAGGCGGUUCUGCUAACAAAGGAGAGCACAAGAUUUACAUAUGGGAUAGGGCAGGGCGUCUUGUAAAAAUUCUUGAAGGUCCUAAGGAAGCAUUGAUAGAUUUGGCGUGGCAUCCUGUUCGUCCUAUAAUUGUGUCUGUUUCACUAACAGGAUUAAUUUAUAUAUGGGCUAAAGAUUACAUAGAAAAUUGGAGCGCAUUUGCUCCAGAUUUUAAGGAGCUUGAGGAAAAUGAGGAGUAUGUGGAACGGGAGGAUGAAUUCGACCUCAUACCUGAUUGUGAAAAGGUGAAACAAUCGGACGUCGCUGAAGAUGAUGAAAUUGAUAUUAUGACAGUGGAAAAGGAUACUACUUUCAGCGAUUCAGAUAUGUCACAAGAUGAAGUCUUAUAUUUGCCUGUAGAUAUCUCUCCAGAUGUUCCUGAGGAGCAGGAUAAGUGUAUUGGGACUGGUGACAGCAACCAUUCUGGAUCUCCUCUUUCAGAAGAUGCAGAACAGAAUGGGCAAGUGGGCAAAUAUGCUUCCAGCCCAAUUGAUGCUAUGGAUAAUUCUGAUAAUGGAGGGAUGCGCCUUAAACGCAAAAGGAAACCUUCAGAAAAAGUGCUGGAACAGCAGGCAGAGAUGAGCAAGAAACCUGUGCAGAAGAAGCCAUUGGGGAAAUUGGAGAAAAAGAGCAAACCAGGUGUUGAUCAGGACAGCGAUGUGUCCUUCAACUGAUACUAAAAUAAUGGGUACCUUUAGAUUAAAUUUCUCCUUAUAGUGAAAAUGCCUUGCAACUGUGUAGUUUGGAGAAUGACUGAUCCUUGUAGUUGUGUACUUUAGAAGUUCUUCCUUCCUGAAAAUGCUUUAGAUGAUUUUUAUUAUUGUAGCUAUUGGCAAAGUUUUUGUGACAGCACUGUUUUUAAUUUCAGUAUUUUAUUGAUGGAA